AUGUCGGGCAAGACAGCCGUUGACAUGCUAUCGCCUAAAUUACACAACCUGUCAACCACUCUGCUCGAAGCACACGAGAACGCGAACUCGGCCGAUUCCUUCCGCGAAACCCAGGUGCUUGCGCAGCCUAAAGAUCGUCCCGCCAGCCUUGGUCGAGGCCAUCGUCGUCGCGAUCACGUCCGUCUAUCGAGCGACGAGCGGAAGAAGAUCAUGGGUGGUGCAUAUCUCUCCAAGCCUGUUGCCGAAACACGCGGCCCCCAGAAAUAUAGAGAGAGUUUGGUUGAUGUAGUAGCUGCUCAGGAGAAGGGCUGGUAUUACUGGCACGAUUUAGAGAAGCCAGACAUCAUGGCUGGGAAAGAACAUGGAGUCCAGGUUCGCGAUUUCGCAUAUCCUCUGGGCCAGGAACCAGGUACUCACGAGGAGGAGAACGUGUACAAUGGAUCACGGACUUGUUCCUGA